AUGUCGCCCAUUGGGCGGGCGACCGUCCCCGCCCCCUGUAAGACCACCAACGGCAUCCCGCGGCCGCCCUCCACGAACGGCCGACCCCGCAACCCCGACAUGGGCCAACUCCGCCACAGUCGCGAGGUCGACCCCAAGAUCAUGGCCAUCCUGCAGUCGGCUUCCUCCGACCUCCCGCAAUCGGCACCGUUCCCGCGGACCGCAGGUCAGUAUGGCACUAAAAUGAUCAAAAUGCUUUGGGGAUCCUCCUAUAUUGGUUUUACCACAUUGAAAGUUUGUUGGUAUAUAGAUUAGACUAGUGGGGCAGAACUAUGCCUAGUGUAAUAUAAUUUUUUUGUCAAAAUAUCUUGGGUUUUGUUUUAUUAGUAACAGAAAGUGUGUGAAUAAUAGUUAUGAGAUUUAAAAUUUCGCGAAUUGCUAUUAAAGACUUUUAACGUCGUUUUGGAUAAUAGUUAUGCCUAGAAUCUGUAAGAUCUGAAAAAAAAGGUAAUAGAAUAUUCUAGUGCAUCCUUCAAAACAAGUGCUGUCUCACGACCAAUAACCAAAAAACGUCCUCGAAUUACAGGUCCUCCACCAACAAAAAAGCGAGCUGUUGGUCGGCCACCAAAUCCAGAUGUCAGUCUGCGCAAGGCCUCGUUGCAUAAGCUAGUCAAGAGGAAGAAGAUUCGGACCGGCUCCGUCGGCACCAAUGGCAUGCCUCCACCCUCACUGCCGUCGAAGGUCAACUUCAGGGCUCGUGCCCUCGACCCGCAACGUCAGAUGCCCGUCCACAUCGUCAAGGUGGACAACUCGAACGGGUUCUCCUCCACCGCCAAUCUGGAGAUGUUGUACAACAACAAACCCAUGAAAACACCGCUCUUUUCGGUGCCGUCGGGAAUGGAACGGGAAGAGGAAAGGGUUCGUUCAACCGUUUUAUAUUCACCAUGAUUCAAUUUGUUAGGAGUUGCACUUGAGACGUGCCAUCGAAGCCCAAAAGGCGAGCACUUUGUGCCAGGAAAGUCACAUCCCCACCCGACAGGUGGAAGUCCUCACCCAGCAUGAGUAUCAGCGGAUGACCAACUGGGAGAGGGAUGUUCAGAGAGGCCCGGAAUAUCUUCCGUUGGAGAGAGGUGAGAUUUUUUUUCAAUUUAUCCUUGAUUUUUAGGAAAUGUUUAUCAACUUGGUAGGGUUUAUUAGAUGUUAAUAAGGCUUUAUAUAGUCUUGAGCAUAAUACUUUCCAAAGAUAUUGUUUUUUAUGGCAUUUUUUAAACUUUAGCCUUACUAAAAAUGAAUGCGUAACUUAUUUUGCCUUAAAAUGUUUUGUUUUAUAGCCUUCUGAAUUUUGUUACCUAAAUUAAAUUUUUCAGGUGAUUUUGAGUUCUGUGAUGACGACACAUCCUAUGAUGCUGAUGAACAUGAUAAUGAAUGGUUGGAACGGAACAACAACUUCAUUUCGAUCGACGAAUUCGAACUAAUGAUCGAAAAGUUGGAAGUAAUGGCUGGCGACAGGAUUCCCUACCUCGACGAAGUCACCCAAAAACAUCCCGAAUUGGAUUGCGAGGUCAUCGUGAAGGUCUACGACUAUUGGGUUGAACGCAAGACCGAGCUGGUAAGGACCUUGAGGAUGAACGCCUGUUUGGUUCCCUUGGUACCCAGCAAAACGAAACCUGGAGAGAAAGAGAAUCCUUACAUUGCAUUCCGACAUCGAGGACCUCGAGUAACGACCCGAAGAAAGCAACGUCUCGAAACCGAGCAUUAUGGAACGAUACUCAAACUGGCCGCCAUGGUUAGGAGGACGCAUCUGUUGACCAAGGGAUUUGUCGAAAGGGAACGUCUGAAGGUCAGACAAGCAGAAGAAGCCGAGAAAUGCUUCGAAUGCGAAAUUGAGCUUCUUCAGCAAAGCGGAUACAUCGAAGAUGAAGAGAAACCGUCCACUUCGUUGGAAAUGCCACCAAUGACGUCAUGGCUAAACAAGGUAGGUCAAGUUUUUCUAUUUUUUGGAGAUUUAGGGGUAUGAAAAACAUAAGGUCGUUAACGAGUUCUGAUGGAUCUGAAAUUUUAUGAAUGGCACUUUGUUUUUUGUAUCAAAUGUUGUUUAUAAGACUUUAGAAUUGUUUUUAAUAGGAUAUAAUAUCGUUUAUAUGAUGCCGCUAUUCCAUUUUCCGAUUCAUGUAAUGUAUAAGGUGCCGGCAUGAGUUUUAUUGCUGGCUUUCACAAUAUCAAACGAAAAGUCGUCGGGUUUUUUAUUCGCCAAGACCGUUGAUCGUCCGUUUAUGUUUUUUACGAGGGGCAAUUAUUCCGGGAAACGUCUCGAGAGCCUUACUUUUUGGGUUAUCGGAAUUGCGAGGAAUGGGUGAAGUUCGCCUUGACAUGAAUUGCGUCGUCCUAAUUGCCCUUGAAUACUCGUAAUGCGUAAUGAAAACUAAAAAAAGUGCAUGGUUAAGGGUAUUAUUAGGACAUGUUAGAAUGGAAAACUGGUUGGUUUGGACGUGCUUGGUUGAAUGAAAAUUCUAUACUUUGUGGUCGAAAUUUGGUUCAAAACUGAUUGGUCGUUUUUUAGCACUGGUGCGACGUUGUAAAUGACGUGCUGGACUAUAACAAGACCGAGAUCUCAUCCGGAUGUGGAACGAUCAAACGAGCUUACGUGCCUGGGGCUGAAGACGGCCGGUUCGCCUUCCAGAAACACCCCAGCUGCUACUACCGAAUGCCAGGCCCUCAGGCAACGGAAGCGGGCAGCGAUGGCGCUGGCCUUCUGACAACUUCAGCGAAGCCGAAGAUCAGUGCCAUCGACAGCACGGAAAACAUGAGCUUGGUUCGGGCGCCGGACUGGGAACAGCUCACCGGCCUCGCCUCCCCGGUCUUUGGCCGCGCGCGCUUCGGCCGCUCCGGCCGCCUGAACCUGGACUUUGUGCUCCCGAACCUCGGCGGAUCCUCAUUUCUGCAGUAA